AUGGGUCGCGUUCGCACCAAGACCGUCAAGAAGUCUGCCAAAGUCAUCAUUGAGCGGUACUACCCCAAGCUCACUCUCGACUUUGAGACCAACAAGCGAAUCUGCGACGAAAUCGCCAUUAUUGCCUCGAAGAGACUUCGCAAUAAGAUCGCCGGCUACACCACCCAUUUGAUGAAGCGUAUCCAACGCGGUCCUGUGCGCGGUAUUUCAUUCAAACUGCAAGAAGAAGAGCGCGAACGUAAAGAUCAGUAUGUGCCGGAGAUUUCGGCGUUGGAUUUCACGCAGAACACCGAGAGCGGACAAUUGGACGUCGACUCGGACACGAAGGAUCUGUUGAAGAGCAUGGGCUUCGAUUCCAUCCCGGUCAAUGUUGUUCCCGUCAGUCAGCAGCAGACGCAAGAGAGAGGAGGACGCAGAGUCUUUGGCACCGAUCGACCAGGCCGACGAGACUAA